AUGAAAUACCUCAGUAUUACCACGAUGGGGGUGUUGGUCUGUUGCCUCAUGGGGCAGAUCAAUGGCCAUGGCAUGAUGUUGAGUCCCGUGGCUCGUUCAUCACGCUGGCGUUACGACUCCUCGGCGCCCACAAACUACGAUGACAAUGCGCUCUACUGCGGCGGCUUUUGGAAACAAACGGAAAACGACGGCCAGUGCGGCUUGUGCGGCGACGACUACAGUCUGAGCGCGCCCCGGCCAAAUGAAUUGGGCGGUAAAUAUGGUGCCGGGGUCAUAGUCAAGAGCUACAACGGCGCCAGCUCGAUUGAGGUAAAUGUGCUCAUUACCGCCAAUCAUCUUGGCCACUUCAGCUUCCAUCUGUGCAGCCUGGAUGAGCAUGGCAGCGAGUCGGAGCAGUGCUUUGAUAAGUAUCCGCUGCAGUUUGCCGACGGCAGCCUCAAGUAUUACAUUAGCUCCAAGACCGGCAGCUUCGAUGUGACCUUGAAAUUGCCCAGUGGAGUCAGCUGCCAGCACUGCGUGCUCCGUUGGACCUACACGGCGGGCAAUAACUGGGGCGUUUGUGAGGAUGGCAGCGGUGCUAUGGGCUGUGGUGCUCAGGAAACCUUCAAGAAUUGUGCGGAUAUUAGCAUUUUGGGCUCAGCCCGGGGCCUGUUCGAGGACUCUGUGCAGGCUGAGUUACCUGUGCUGCCCGAGGAGGUUAUUGCAUAA